UGGGUACCAUUCAGUGCAUUCACAAUAUAACCAAAUACACAAAUAUAACAACCAAAUAACAUUCGUUCACAAUUAUUCACUCUGCAUCAUUACUGUGAAUAAAAAUGAGUUACUCGGCAAAUUACGACAGAAGUAUGUCUAAUAUUUUCUAGUUAUUAUAAUCUUUUCAAAAAAUGGAGAAAAUUCGUUCGAAAAUCGCAAGCUGGACAGAAUUGCUUGUGCAGGAGAAAUUAAAUGAAGUGGCAGCAGAUAUAAUGAAAACUGUCACUGCAAAACCAGAUGCACAAUUAAACAGAGCUCUUUUUAGAUUAUUGUUGCAUUUGGCUCACGUUGCCGAUAAAUGUAUCAAGAAGAACCUUGAGAUUGGAAAAGAUAUUUGGUUUCUAAGCAUUCGUAUUUGUUCCACUUUAGUGGAUAUACCAGAUACAAGCAAGUUUUUGGCCAGUAUCUAUCACAUCUCUCGUUGUUUAAUGGAAAUGGGUCUUUACAAAGAAGCUAUAGAAGUCUGUGAUUACAUGUUUCCUGGAAAACUUGUUCGGGUCACAUCAAAUAUUGAACGCACUAUUUAUUCAAAAACAGCAAUGGUAUGGCACAUGAAAGCAGAUCAAAUGACUCAACAACUGACUGAAACAGUAGAUAAACAAACUAUUGAGAAAUUGCUCAUAAUUAUAAAAUACGAACUACAAAUACUGAGACAUGCAAAUGAACAUUACUCCAAGCCUGUUCUCUCCAAUUCCCAAUAUUAUGUAGAUAGAGUAAAAGUAUUAUGUCAAAACACAAAGCCAACCAUAUAUAAUAUGUUCUGUAAUGGCAUAAUUGAUUGUCUACAACAAUUAAAUAUUUCUGUUGAAAUUGAUGACGAGAUUAUCGUGUAUCGUUACGUAAUUUCCUUUAUCAAUAAAAUUUCAGAAGGCAAAACUACUAUAACUGACACGAAAGCAGCACAUGAUACAUUAAAACGAGCCUGCGCCGCCUUUGAAAAUUGCUUUGCAACCAAUAUCAAGUGCCACCGACAUUUCCAAGUAUAUAAAAGAAUAUGUCUAGAACUUGUGAAGCCAGUUGACUUUCUUGAUAAAAAUCUAGCCAAAGUUAUUAAAAACAUAGUAACCGAGAUGGAAAUGAAUCUUGAAAAGUUUGAUAAGAAACAGCAUGUUCCCAUGUGGACUGCAUACAAAAUCGCUGAAUUACUGCAGAGUCUAUUUAACUAUUGGGAGAACAGUGUUAAGAAUGGAAUCGAGAGUAUCAUUACUACCCAAGAUGUAUUGUAUGCAAUCGUGCGUUUAAUUCUAUGUAUCAGUUCAAUAAUAGAUUGCCAAACAGGUUUAUGCAGGACAUGUCCAGUUGGUAAAUGUAAAGCAAAACGUGAUGUCUUUAAUGGCAGUGCGAUUAGAACCAGGUGCUUGGGAUUUAUAUCUAUUGUAUUAUCUAAAAGUUUAUCACAAAUGAAUGCAUCUACAGCUCGAGAACUGAUAGAAGAAAAUAUCAGAGCAGUGAUCGAAUUAAAGGAUGUUGGAUGUUUAGAGUGGAUCCCGCUAUGGAUUCCUUCUGGCACAGUACUUUACAAUUUAGGUUUCAUCUAUGAGCGAAUAUGUUAUGAGGAGAGCGUGUCUUUGUAUUCACUAUUGUGUACAUGUAUUGUUCACUUAGAAGGAAUUGGUACCUCUUCUACUCAUCUUAAAUUGAGCGCUUCUUACGGUAGCUCUAUGUCUUGCGCACUGCAUCACUUAACAAGUGUACAUUUUAAUAACAAAAAGUACCGAGAAGCCAUGACCACUUGUGCUUUAAAUGGCCUGCUAACUUACACAGAAGAGAACUCUAAGGCAUUCCGCAUGUGGGCAUCCAUAAAACAUAAGAAUAAGGACCCUGAUAAAAACUCGGCGUUAUCUAUGCUUGGUUACCUCAGAAUGAACAGUGAAUCUCUUAAAGAGAUAGGGGUGCAGAUCAACCUGGAGCAGUACGAUCUGCCUCAAUUGUGUUUAAGAGAGAUAAAGGGAUUGCAGGGGUUCCGCAGCAAUUUAAUGCCUGCUCUGAUAGUUGCAGUCAAUGAGUUAGAACAAUGUAAAGUGAAUCCUAUGCAAUAUGGUCUUGGUGUACUACUUCUUGGGUAUCAUUCCUUUGGUUGGCCCAAUGUCUGCUCUAUCUCUAUGUAUUUUCGGAAAGCUGUUUCUAAAUUGAAAGAAGAACAAGCCGUCACAUCUACACACCUGUUGUUGCAGGUUAGUUUUCAGUUUUUUGACUUUCUUGAUGAAUUGCAGAAAAUUCGUGUACAGACUCAGACUGAAAUGGAAAGUGCAAAGUAUGCUUUGUAUGCCCGACAACUCUCAGAAGAUUUAUCGGAUGCAUUGGUCGACAGCGUGGUCCCAGCAUAUACCAGGAUCAACGUUAAGGAAAAUGCUUGGCUCAAGUCUGACUUGACUAACAUUUUACUGAGGUGGGGAAAAUACGUCAAGAACGUGUCUAACAGAAUCAACCAGCAAUGGGAAUCAGAAAUUGCCUUUGGCCUGGUUGCUGUAAUUGCUGAAUAUUGCCGAUUACAUCGCUUUGAAGAAGAAGAAGUGCAGGCAUUGAAGAUUGCAUUUUCCCUGGCCGAUGCAUUACCAAACCGCUGUGCACUCCUCAGUGUUGUUUCGCGAGCAAUUAUGUCAAGGCACAUUGACGCCAAGUGGAUUGCAGCUGCACAAGAAACGGUCGAAAGUCUGAAGGAUACUGACAAUGAACAGGACUCACUUGCCGUCGCUGAAUUUUUCUUUAAUUUAGCAGAUUUCAAUUUCGAGAUCGGGAAGUGCGAGGAAGCUACAAAGCUAUUUAAUAAUGCUAUCGAUAGAACAGGAUUUGAACUUGUGAAUAACUCACCUACGUAUCUCCUUGGCAUAGAUGUAAUACUACGUAAUUAUACAUUACAUUCUGAGGGCAUCGACCAAAGAAAAUGUUUGGCUUACAUGGUGCGAAGCCUUUACUCCAUGAUUGGACUUGCGAAUUACCCCAUCCCUGUUACGUGGAGUUUCAGUGCAGACCAACUCUACAGCUACGAUAUCCUCCUCUCUGCAACAUGUAAUCUAGCUUUAAGGAUGAACGCACUUCUUACUUUUCGAGAGAUCUCUAUGCAUUUGGUAGUACGUUUGAAUAGCGCCCAAAAACUGGGAGCGACGUUACGUGUUGCAGAGUGCCUCAAGAUGCUGUGCUUCCUUGAUAUUUCUCGUGCCCGAGUAGAAGACUGCGAGGUGAAGCUUCAAGGUUUGGAGCACAUCCUGGGUACGGAGGACGUUUCACCAUCUACAAACUCGACGACCAGUCUCGAAUUCAUGUCUGAGAAAUUCUUGGUAGACUUGACGAGAAACGCAAGAAUUGAACAGAACGACGCCUCGCCUGUUCUCCGGAGGAAACCUUAUAUCCCUCCGGCUUUUCUCGAACACGUAAAUUGUGACUGUUACAAAUGUACGAAUAUUGCAUACCAACAUCUCGUCUUCUCCAGCACUCACAUUAGAGCUCAACUAUAUGCCUUGCAACAACAGUCCAAGUUGGCUACACUUUUCUUCCUCGGUGCUUACCAAUUGAGGAUGCGAUUACUGAAAAAGGAGAGCACGUUGCAGCACGUCAGAAAUCUUCAUUAUAAAAUGGUGGAAUACGUUCAAUUUCUACUCGAUUACGCUCGUUUUCUGAUUAUUGAUUCGCCGGAAGAACUUGAGGGACCGUUUUCUUUUAUUACAGAGGCUUUUAAUGUAUGCCUCAAUUACAGACUGCAAAGUCAUCCAAUUUAUUUCACGGUGAAAGAAUUCGCUUUGGAAAUGCGUUUCUUGAGUCAAUACGAUGAGCGCAAUGAUGCUAAGUUCACAGUGUCUCAUGUAGACGAAGCAGGGAGUAAUUAUGAGUCCGAAUCGGAGAAAAAUAAGAGUACAGCUUUGUGUGUUACUCCUACGACUGCUAAGAGGAAUAUAAAGCCUAAAUCCAUUAGACGAAUUAAGAGUCCGCCUAUUUUAAAAUUAACCGCGCCUGGUGCACCUGAUAGUGAAGAUGAGGACGAGAUGUUUAAGCCAAAACUUGAGAGACCGAUACGUCGAAGAAUCAUCGAGGAUGAGUACGAAGAAAGUCCUGCAAAAAUUAAAACUGAGGAAAAACCUAGUAGUAGAGUAACUUUACCACCUGCUGUUAAAAGUAAGGCGUUAGAUGUUACUCCUACUACCUCAUCAUCGUCCACUGUAAAACCAGGAACGAGUAAAUCCUCUACUGGGAGGAAAACUUCUCCAGAGGCUCCCACCGAUGAAUCUGGAUCGUUACAAGGAUUGACCAAAUCGCUGAAAGUAUUAUCUCUCGAAGGACCUGCAGGAGAUACUCAAUCUAAGCGUCAAACAAGAGCUCGAAAAAAUAAUGCACCUAGAUCAACUGCAUUCACCGUUGCUUGCGAUUCUCCCGUCAAAAAGGAUGAUGCAAAUAAGACAUAUUGCAUUUACCCAAAGAGAUCUACUCGACUUAAGAAUGAGCACUUGACUCCCAGCGGCGAUAUGGAGAAAUUGAAUACUCCUGGUGUCCCAUUCAAGGAAGAACACACAGAAGAAACUAAUAGUUCAUCCAUUACGAAAAUUAAUCCAAUUCCUGCAACAGUGUCGGCAGGUAUUAGUAGCGAUAAGGAAAGUAUCUCAGUGCCAGAUGGACUUACAAUCAAAAGAAUUACACGUCGAGCUUCUAGUCGAAUUAAAAGCGGAUCCUCUUCCGGUAUAGAUUCCGAGCAAACGUCUAGUGAAAAAUCUGCUGAAUCGAAUUCACAAUCCGCUAAAAAAGAUGGAACCAACGAUAGAAUGUUAAGGAGGAAAAAACGAGCAUAAAAACGCCUCUUGUAGAAUGUUUUAUAUAUAUACUAUUUAUAAUUAUUUUUAGCAAAAAUUAAAGCUCCCUAAUAAAAACGGUUACUAUAUUUGUUUAAACCGAGAAACUUGAACGAAUAAGCAAAUGCAUGAAAAACUCUCGGCUACAAUUUGCACACUUGAAUUUCGAAUAAUAGUACAAGAUGUGAUGGAAAAUUGUAGAUGUAAUAGUUAUUUAAAACAGAAUGUAAUAUAUUUUAUAAUCAAUUAUGUAUAGCUCAAAGAGAAAAUAUUUUGAUACUGUUCUGGUUUAAGUAUCUACCAUUGUUUAGCUACACUGAGACUGUACAUGGUUCCCGUUUUUAACAAGCUAUAAAGAUGUAUAUCUAUUAAAAGUAAAAAAAAGAUCAGAUUAUUUUAAAGUAAAUGUUAA